UAUAGUUGAUUUAAGCUUAUUUGGCCUUAUAAAACAUACUUACUACUCCAACCUUCAUAAUGAGCAAAGCGUUAGGUGGGAUAAAUUUAUUACACUUUAUACUAAUUUUAUUAAGUUUUUUUUUCAGAAAAGAAAGAAUCUAGAAUAAAAUAGAUGAAAGUUAAUUUUGUUCAAAAAAAAAAAAAAAGAAGAAGAAAAAGAAAGAGAUGGUAAAAUCAUAUUCAUCCAAUUCAUUGCGUUGACAUAUUAUAUGAGUCCAAGUGACUGAGCCCAAUAAUAAGAAAACAUUUGCCAUCUCACAAUUAUAACUCGCAAUUAUUACAAUCAUUUCCCUCUCUCUCUUUCUCCAAGUCUUACAAUUUCAAAGAGAAUUAUUCUCACAGCGAAGCCAUCGGAGUGUUUGGGAAUUUCACAUUGUGUGCAUUUUCUUGAAAUCUCUCUGUUUUUUCUCUCUUUGAUUUCUCCGAUGCUAAGGAAAUCUUUGUAUUCUCUGCAAUUUCUCGCCAUUGCAAUCGGGCUUUAGAGAAAAACAGACAAGAAAUGGGUUUUGUUUGCGCCAGAUUUUUCACUUCUGCUCUUACUGCAUUUCUUCUCUUCCAUCGUCUUUGUUCUUCUCAAAAAGUUCCAAAAUUCGGUUUCUUGCGAAAUGCAACCGGCGCUCCGGCGCUAUCAUACUACGAUUACAUAAUCGUCGGAGGUGGAACGGCGGGAUGCCCCUUGGCGGCCACGCUGUCGGAGAAGUAUAAGGUAUUGGUGAUAGAACGCGGUGGUUCGCCCUACGGAAACCCCAAUAUCACCAACUUAUCGGCGUUCGGGGCUGCCCUUUCCGACUUGUCGGCUUCUUCGCCGUCGCAACGUUUCGUGUCGGAGGACGGCGUUAUCAACUCACGCGCUCGUGUCCUCGGCGGCGGCAGCUGCCUCAAUGCCGGAUUUUACACACGCGCCUCUCCUGAUUAUGUCAGGAAAGCGGGGUGGGAAGGAAAGUUGGUGAACGAGUCAUACGAGUGGGUGGAGCGAGUGGUGGCGUUCGAACCGCCGAUGGGGGAGUGGCAGUCGGCGGUGAGGGGCGGUCUGAUUGAAGCCGGUGUGAAGCCUGAUAAUGGGUUCACCUACGAUCACUUAUACGGUACUAAAGUGGGCGGUACAAUCUUCGAUCAUCAGGGCCAUAGACACACUGCUGCAAACCUCUUGACCUAUGCCAACCCUUCUAAUUUAACCGUCUUACUCUACGCAUAUGCCCACUCCAUCAUUUUCCAAACUCAAGGUAAACAAAGGCCCAAAGCCCACGGAGUGGUCUUCGAAGACUUGAACGGAAUAAAACACAGAGCCUACCUAAAGAAUGGGCCCAAUAGUGAAAUAAUCAUAUCAGCGGGAUGUCUUGGAAGCCCACAACUUCUGAUGCUAAGUGGGCUCGGCCCAGCCCAACAUCUUAAGGCCCAUAACAUAACGGUCAUUUUGGACCACCCCAUGAUAGGCCAGAGGGUGUCCGAUAACCCAAUGAACGCCGUUUUCGUUCCCUCCCCCGUUCCGGUGGAGGUGUCGCUGAUCGAGGUCGUCGGAAUUACUCAAAACGGAACCUACAUUGAAGCCGCCAGUGGCGAGAACUUCGUCGGCGGCCCUUCUACUAGAGACUUUGGCAUGUUCUCUCCUAAGAUCGGGCAGCUAUCGACAGUGCCACCGAAGCAAAGAACGGCGGAAGCCAUAGCCAAAGCCAUAGAAGCAAUGAAGACGCUAGACCAAGCCGCAUUCAGAGGCGGCUUCAUCCUGGAAAAGAUAAUGGGCCCAAUUUCCUCUGGUCAUUUGGAGCUUCGAACCCGAAACCCAAACGACAACCCUUCCGUCACAUUCAACUACUUCAAAGAACCCACCGACCUCCACCGCUGCGUCGCCGGCAUAAACCUGAUCCGCCGCAUAAUCGAGUCAAAAUCCUUCGCUAGGUUUCGAUACGACAACGUUUCGGUGCCGACGCUGCUGAACAUGACGGCGAGUGCGCCGAUCAACCUUCUGCCGAAACACGGGAACUUGUCGAGGUCGCCGGAGCAGUACUGCAGGGACACGGUGAUGACGAUCUGGCAUUACCACGGCGGAUGUCAGACGGGAGCGGUGGUGGAUUCCGAUUACAGGGUUUUGGGAGUGGAUUCGUUACGAGUAGUGGAUGGCUCAACUUUUCACGAUUCGCCGGGAACUAACCCUCAGGCUACCGUCAUGAUGCUGGGCAGGUACGUGGGUGUUAGAAUAUUGAGGGAAAGGCUUGAAAGCAGCCACCAAAAAUAAAAUGAGAGAAAAUAUUAUAUUUCUCAACGCUUAUAUAUAUAUAUUUAUAUUACAUUGUUCUUUUUGCUUUUCAUUUGAUGUAACUUUCUUGCACAUUUGAAACAUUACACAAGUCUAUGAAAUUAUUGAGAUCAA